UCUACGUGAACCCAGGACCAAAGCAAUGGCUCGCACCAAGCAGACUGCGCGCAAGUCCACAGGCGGCAAGGCACCGCGCAAGCAGCUGGCCACCAAGGCUGCCCGCAAGAGCGCGCCGGCCACCGGCGGCGUCAAGAAGCCCCACCGCUACCGGCCCGGCACCGUGGCGCUGCGCGAGAUCCGCCGCUACCAGAAGUCCACCGAGCUGCUGAUCCGCAAGCUGCCGUUCCAGCGCCUGGUGCGCGAGAUAGCGCAGGACUUCAAGACCGACCUGCGCUUCCAGAGCUCGGCGGUCAUGGCGCUGCAGGAGGCCUGCGAGGCCUACCUGGUGGGGCUGUUCGAGGACACCAACCUGUGCGCCAUCCACGCCAAGCGCGUCACCAUCAUGCCCAAGGACAUCCAGCUGGCGCGCCGCAUCCGCGGGGAGAGGGCCUGAGCUCCAAGGCCUCCCCAAGGCUCUUUUCAGAGCCACCCACAUACACCCUUAAAAGAACUGUUCUCUAAUCAUUGCUUUUUGCUUGUGCUCCUUAGGUCCCAUUUCUGCGCUUCUUACAGCUCAUUUUCUAAGAAUUGAAACUUCUGUUGUACCUGCACUGUUAAUUCCAUAGCAUUUGGAUCCUCAAACUUGUGAUUUCACCUUACAAGCAUUUAGGCUUCUGGUAAAUUGGCCCUUUGUCCCUCCUCAGCUUAUCAGCUUGUGAAACAUCUGCGGGAAAAGUCUUUGCGUCGAAUUUUAAAAUGAAUUUUAAUUUUCACUUGGUAAUGAACGUAUGCUAUUCAUUUAUCAGAAUUACAUUCUCAAUGCUUUGUUUUUGAAACUAGAUAAGAUCAUCACUUGCAACCAUUAGAAUUUGCUCAUGUUCAUUGCUUUCCCAUAGUUGCAAGGAAGAUAAAACCUGCAUGGUUUCUACAUACAUGGAGUUGUGAUACAAUGUUUUACAAAAUUACUUUUGCGAAUUUACUUUCCUGUAAUCAACACCUUAAGCAAGAUGAAAACCUCUUGUAGCAGUGGUACACCUUAUGCUUUGUGUAUAUAGCCCUUGCUCCCCUGCCACUGUGACUUAUUUUAAAAACAUUUUUUUCCCUCCCAGCUCCUCCCUAAUCUUCCUGAUCUCAGGGGAAUGAAUUACCUUUCUUCCCCAUUCUAGGCAGUUAUCUGUAAUUAAGCACUCAUCCACCAAGAAUGAAGAAAUCCAGACUUUGGGGAUGGCAUCGGAAGAUCUCAGAAAUAACUUACCUCCCAAAUCAACAAGUGAAUUACAACUCCAACAGAGAACAUGUGGAAUGUAACCUUUGAAUCGUCUCUGUAAAAACCCCCUGUUCUCCCUGAUGGGCACAAUAGCAGCCUCUGGGACAGGAGUCCCCUGUGCUUUGCUAGAAAAGCAAUAAA